AUGAGUGGCAAAUCAUAUUCUAGUAGGGUGCCACCCCCACGUGCACCAAUGGAGGGAUCGUCAGCUGUACCUUCAGACACGCUAGCACUAAGCAAUAAGAUAUUCGUACACCCAUCUACAUUCAAUCAGGAUGCACCUGCAGUACUCGUCAACAGCAAAUACGUAUUCGUUACUGCUCCAGAUCCUACCCCUGAAGGCGAUCCUCGUAAAGUCAGACCGGGUGCAUUUGGUGCGAACGCCGUCCAGCGUCAAUGGGCCCAGCUUUCCUUGGCUUCCCCAGUCACUUUGACGUCUAUCGUGAUCGAAGACUUCUUAGAGAGCGUUGAUAUCGAGAUCGGUACAAACAAGAAAGGUUAUGAGCCAGCAAACCCGUUCAACGCUGAUGAGUUACAAACUAGCUUCAUUAACGCAUACGCUGGUCUUGUCCUCAGUCCAGGCCAGAUUCUCGUUAUGGAUUACCAUGGUAUCAACCUUAAAGCUGUAGUACGCAACACAAACGUCGUUGCUCUUAUGCAGGACACUUCGGACCCCACGCUCAGCCAAACUGGUCACAUUAUGGAUACCACCACUAUCAAUUUCUCUAAGGAGCCAGCCAGUUUAAUCAAACUCAAAGGUUCAGCUAAGCGUCCAGCCGCAAAUGCUGUCAUUUCACCUAACUUCAAGUUUGAGGAUAUGGGUAUUGGUGGUUUGGACGAUGAAUUUGGUGCUAUUUUCAGACGUGCAUUUGCUUCACGUGUAUUCCCACCUGGUUUGAUCGAGAAGCUUGGUAUACAACAUGUAAAAGGUAUCCUGUUAUAUGGUCCACCAGGUACAGGUAAAACAUUGAUGGCGCGCCAAAUUGGUAAGAUGCUUAAUGCACGCGAGCCAAAGAUUGUCAAUGGUCCUGAAAUCCUCAAUAAAUUCGUCGGUCAGUCCGAAGAGAACAUCAGAAAGCUUUUCGCUGAUGCUGAACGCGAAUAUCGUGAGAAGGGCGAUGAGAGUGAAUUGCACAUUAUCAUCUUUGAUGAGCUUGAUGCUAUUUGCAAACAGCGUGGUUCUACAGGUGGUGGAACUGGUGUUGGCGACUCUGUUGUUAACCAAUUGUUAUCAAAGAUGGAUGGUGUCGAUCAACUCAACAACAUUUUGAUCAUUGGUAUGACUAACAGACUGGAUAUGAUCGAUGAAGCCUUGGUUCGUCCAGGUCGUCUUGAAGUACAUAUGGAGAUCAACCUUCCAGAUGAGAAGGGUCGUCUUCAAAUUCUCAACAUCCAAACCUCGAAAAUGCGUGAGAAUAAGGUUAUGGAUAAGGAUGUAAGCUUGGGUGAGCUCUCAGCACUCACAAAGAACUUCUCCGGUGCGGAAAUAGGUGGUUUGGUAAAGAGUGCUACUUCAUUUGCCUUUAACAGACAUGUCAAAGUUGGCACAAUGGCUGGUAUUUCAGACGAUAUCGACAAACUCCAAGUCAAUCGUGCCGAUUUCUUGCAAGCACUUGAUGAGGUUCACCCUGCGUUUGGUGUUUCUGAAGAAGAACUUGCAACUGUCGUACAAAAUGGUAUCAUACACUACUCUUCCAACAUCGGCAAUAUCCUUAAUGAUGGUAAACUUUAUGUAGAGCAAGUCAGGAACUCAACGCGCACGCCCCUCGUCAGUGUACUACUCCAUGGUCCUCCUGGAUCGGGUAAAACAGCGUUGGCAGCUACGAUUGCUAUGAGAUCAAAUUUCCCAUUCAUCAAGCUUGUCUCGCCUGAAGAUAUGGUUGGUUUCAACGAAGCUCAGAAAAUAGCGCACAUGAAUCAAGUUUUUAAUGACUCAUACAAAUCACCUCUUUCUAUAGUUGUUAUAGAUCAAAUUGAGAGACUAUUUGACUACGUACCUAUUGGACCACGCUUCUCGAACAAUGUCUUGCAAGCGAUACUUGUUCUUCUUGGAAAACGCCCUCCAAAGGGUAGAAGAUUAUUAAUAUUGGCGACGACCUCAAACAGACCAAUAUUGACUGAUAUGGAUGCCUUGUCAGCGUUUGAUGCUCAAAUCCACGUACCAUCAAUUUCAAAAUUAAGACAUCUCGAUUUGGUCUUGAGACAGGUAGAUCUAUUCCAGGAGGAGGGAUCACAAGAAAGGGCAAUUGAGUUAUUGAAGCAAGCACAAUUGAAUGAAUCAGGAAAGUUAUUGAUUGGUAUAAAACGUUUGUUGGCUAUUGUAGAAAUGGCAAAACAGGAUCCAAAUCCAGCGGAAAAGUUCGCUACGACGUUGAUAAACUCAUUGUAA